AUGGCCCCUACAUGGGUAUCUCGUUUCACCCAUAACGGCAACAAGCCUUCGAAUACCAGUCCUCCCGCCACCGACGGCCAUACGGCCUCCCAGCUACCAUCGACCUCCUUAUUGUUCCCUCCAAGCCCGUCUACAGCACAGUCACGGGCUAUUCCGGUUCGUGGCCAUUUUCGGUCUACCAGCAAUCCAUUUCCGACUUUCUUUGCAGGGAAAAGGAGAGGGGGCCAUGGUGGGACGGGUGAUCUCAUAGACUUCGACGAGUCUACAGAUGGCGACGAUGGAUUACACACCAUCAUUACAAACGCUCGCUCUUGCAGCCCACAGAAGCGCGGUGGCUCCGACGGUUAUACGGAGGAAUAUCGGAAACGCAAAUGCAUGACAUGCGAUCACACCAACUCAUUCCCCUACACUAAAAAGGGGUUUCGGUGUGGAAAAUGCGCGACAAUGAAUGAUCUGGAGCCCUACCAUAGUAGCAGAUCACGGCGUGGCAAACCGGAGGAAAAGCUACGGCCUGAUAUUCAGCCUCAAAUCAAAGUUACCAUUGAAGAAACACAAAAUAUUAUUGACCAUUGUCUUGUUUCAUACCUUUCCACUCAUCUUGGAGAGCAUAGGGUCCGCCAGGUACGGAAAAAGGCAAACUACAGCCCUACUAGGAGAGAUAAUGCCAACUCAUAUAACCAGAGCGUAACCCCUUCUGGGGGUAGCAAGGUCGAUAUGAAUGAACCCUCCCUGUUAGCUCCUAAUGUGACCAUAAACCCCGGGGACUCCAACACUGUGAAAAAGGGACGUCCCGAAGAGUCUGUCUAUGAUAAACGCAACGAACGGCUAGGCUCUCCUGCUCAUCGCGUGGAUCACAGACGGAUAGACGCCAGCGCAGAUUUUAGAGGAACGACUGCCGUAUUUCACGAUUUAGAACAAUACAUCACAACUUGCUUUGAUGGCUGUGAGGCUCUUAAUAAUUCAUUUUUAACCGGAAGGACUCGCUAUUUUCGAGCAGCGAGUGAGGGCUCCCAACCAUCCAUGAGUAUAUCAAACGCAGCGCAGCCACCUGUUCCUGCCGACCACACAGUUCCUAAUCUCGAUGAAAAGACCAUCCUACUAGGGAACAUUGCAGAAAAUGGGUCCUGGUGGGCUGAAAAUCGAAGGUCUCCGAAACUCAAGUCAGCAACCGAUGGUCCAUCAUCGAAAAUAUACGGAGCUAAAGCCAGCUUCACUAAUUCAAGAUCACCUCGGAUUAACUGGCCAGAGCUCUUGGAAUGGUACCACCUUGUUAUCCACGCUGGCGAAUCAUGGAACAGAAUGGUUCUGGACAUACCUAGUGUCGGAGAUGCUACAAAUGAACCCAACACACCUACAGCUAAGGAUGUAGCAAUUAUGGCACAACUGAAUGAAGUAAUAAUGGAAUCACGGUUUACUGUUCGGAAGACGUUACUACGAGCUACGGAAAAAUUACUCCAGCGACCAAAGCGGCCGCUUGUAAGUCCGGAUGAUACCCGGUUCUUACUGAUAUUGCUCGAAAACCCGCUUUUAUACUCCUCCAAUUCUGUCCCUAGAACCCCUUCUGGAACUUCGCCUUCCAUGGGAGGAAAUCAUGGCCAUCCAAGAUCACAAGGCUUAUCCACCUCGCCAUAUAGCAGCUCUUCCCCUGAAAAAGGCCGUCUACACCCCCCUCCGGGCAUAGAAGAGCUGUCAAACCUCAGAUAUUCGGUCUUAAAGAGGCUAUUCGGGUUGAUAUCUAAUUUAUCCAACGAAUGUCACCGAUCCCUUGUUGUAUGGUUCUCCAGGCUCUUGUCAAGCCAUUUCCAACGACUGGUGGAGAUUGUCAACGGCUUUGUGACUUUUCGGCUGGGUAAAUGUAACAAAAGGCAGUUAACUAGAGCUGAGCACGGAGUUAAUCUGGGAAGAUAUGUCCCUACCUUCUCUGCGCCCGGGACUGUUACACCUGCACAGUUGCACACUGCCCUACAAGACAACCCUGCAAAAUCACCGACAGGUGAAAGCAAGUUAGUGAGUUAUGCAGACGAUUGGCAAAUUCGUGCUGCUGCUCGUGUCAUGGCCCUUCUCUUCAAAGCAAACGGCUUGCGAAACGGCCGAAAACCUGAACCUGGCUCCAGUUCAAAAGAUGGCCCAUUAAGCUCAAAUUUGAAUGACAAUCGCCUGAAUAAGCUUGCUAUAAGCUGUUUCUAUAAUGCGCGACUGGAUUAUGCUGACCUUAUUCUAGAUUUUGAGGCAUGGGAAUCCCGCAUUGGAAAGUUUUCCUUCUGUCAAUAUUCAUUUUUGUUAAGCAUAUGGGCCAAGAUACAGAUUAUGGAGCAUGACGCCCGUCGACAGAUGGAGGCUAAGGCAAGGGAAGCCUUUUUCGACACCAUUCUUGGUCGGAGAGGAGUAAGUCAGUAUCUUGUACUGAAAGUGCGAAGGGACUGUUUGGUCGAGGAUAGUUUACAAAGUGUAAGCGCUGUUAUAGGAUCUGGUGAGGAAGAUAUCAAAAAGGGGUUACGAAUAGAAUUCGCAGGCGAGGAAGGCAUCGAUGCUGGAGGCCUACGUAAGGAGUGGUUCCUUCUUUUGGUGAGAGAGGUUUUCGACCCCCUCCAUGGUCUUUUCCUUUACGAUGAAGAUUCUCAGUAUUGCUAUUUUAACCCAUACUGUUUCGAAUCCUCGGAACAAUUUUUUCUUGUGGGCGUGGUCCUAGGAUUAGCGAUAUAUAACUCGACCAUCCUUGAUGUUGCGUUGCCUCCAUUUGCGUUCCGGAAGCUUCUGGCGUAUUCACCAUCAAACAUCGCACCUACAUUAUCCUCUCCACCUCAGCCAUUCAAGCCUAACUUAGAUGAUUUGGCCGAACUCCGGCCCGCGUUAGCGAAGGGCCUGCGACAGCUCCUAGAAUAUGACGGUGAUGUAACUGAAACAUUCUGUCAAGACUUUGUAAUCCAGGUUGAGCGCUAUGGUGAGAUGAUCCAGAUCCCAUUGUGCCCUGGAGGGGAGAAGAAACAAGUGACGAAUGACAACCGACGCGAAUUUGUGGACCUCUAUGUGCGUUAUAUCAUCGAUGGGGCGGUGUCCCGUCAGUUCGAACCGUUCCGACGCGGCUUCUUUACAGUAUGCGGAGGAAAUGCACUCCACCUGUUUAAACCCGAAGAAAUCGAGCUCCUGAUCCGUGGCUCAGAGGAGCCGCUUGAUAUUCAAUCCCUUCGAGGGGUGGCAAUGUAUGAGCAUUGGCCCACCUCCUCGCCUGACCGUGAGCCAGUCGUGAAUUGGUUUUGGGAAUUCUUUGAAAGUAUCUCAGCCAAAGAUCAACGUAAGAUACUCGGCUUCAUCACGGGCAGUGACAGACUUCCCGCCAUGGGAGCCGUCAACCUCGUCAUUAGGCUGAUGUGCCUAGGCCCAGACUCAGAAAGAUUUCCAACAGCGAGGACAUGCUUCAAUGCGCUUGGAUUGUAUCGAUAUAAAACGCGAAGGAAGUUGGAGGAGAAACUCUGGCGAGCGGUAGCUGAGAGUGAAGGCUUUGGGCUGCAAUAA